UUAUAGCUGGACUGUGGCAGGCUAACACCGGGAGGAACUGACUUGGUGUCACUGACAUCCCCAGCAACAUCAAUACAGUGAUCAGUGCUAAUAAAAAGCACUGACACUGUACUAAUGGCACUGGGCAGGAAGGAGUUAACAUGUGGGGUGAUCAAAGGGUUAAUUGUGUGCCGUUUUACUAUGAUUAACUGUGUGCAGUGUUUUCACUGUAAGCACACUGUUUUGUAUGGCUCUGUUAUGCAGAGCCAUACAAAGCAGUGUGCAGGAACUGACAGGGGAGAGAUUUGUAUUGUUUACAUACAG